AAACUUUGCACACCACCCCCCCCCCCUCCCCCCCCCACCACCACCCGGGUCGUGGCGGGGACCGUGGGCAUCAAAACAAUGAUUCCUCCGGGGGAAUGCCUAUAUGCUGGGAGGAAAAGGAGGAAACCCAUUCAGAAACAAAGGCCUGCAGUUGGGAAUGAAAAAUCGAAUCCUUCAAAGAGACACAGGGACCGUCUGAACGCGGAACUGGACCAUCUGGCCAGCCUUCUGCCUUUUCCACCUGACAUCAUAUCGAAGUUGGACAAACUUUCCGUCUUGCGCCUUAGUGUCAGCUAUCUCCGAGUCAAAAGUUUCUUUCAAGCCAUUCAAGAAAAGCACUUUAAGAAGCAAGUUGGCCAAACGAUAAAAGAAGACAAUAUAUCUAACAAGACUGCUGUACAAGAGGGUGGACUUCUACUAGAAUCACUGAAUGGUUUUGCAUUGGUGGUGAGUGCAGAUGGAAUGAUAUUUUAUGCGUCGUCGACAAUUGUGGACUAUCUAGGGUUUCAUCAGACUGAUGUAAUGCACCAAAACAUAUAUGAUUACAUUCAUGUGGAUGAUCGCCAGGAUUUCUGUAGACAACUGCACUGGGCCAUGAAUCCUCCCCAGAUGUCGUCUGGACAGCAGCUACAGACAGAAACAGGAGAAGAAUAUAUUCUCAGUAAAUUGUUUAAAGCGCAAGAGAAUGACAGCACUACAACAGAUUAUUCUUCCUUCUUAACUCGUUGUUUCAUCUGUCGAGUUCGCUGCUUGUUGGACAGUACUUCUGGCUUCCUUACAAUGCAGUUCCAAGGCAAACUAAAGUUUCUUUUUGGACAAAGGAAGAAGUCCUCAUCAGGAACAGUAUUGCCACCUCAGCUGUCCUUAUUCUGCAUAGUGGUACCGCUUCUGCUCCCUUCUGUGACAGAAAUGAAGAUGAAAAGCCUGCUUGUGAAAGCAAAACACAAAGCUGAUGAUGCAGCAGCAGUGAAUACAAACUCCAGUUCCAAAGGUAAUUCAGGUCUGUGUGAAGCAGCAGAAUUAUAUGGAAGAAACAGUCACCACGAAGGUGCAGCUUUCACUAAUGUGUUACAGAUUGCUGAAAACCAAAUCAAAGCAAAGAAUAAUGGAGAAAAUGGCAUUUCUCUAGUCAAAGUACAAACAAAUGAAGAUCACUGGGUCUGGGUUCAAGCUAACACUCAACUUCUGUAUCGAAGUGGCUGUUCAGAAUAUGUCCUUGCCCAACAGCAAAUGUUGAAGGAAGAAGAUGAACAACUGAAGAUACCAAGUGGUUUUGCCAGUUUGAAAGGAAACCUGGAGGGACUUUCCUGUAACAGUGCCAUUGAAACUCUGGGCCAGUGGAAGCAUCUUAACUGGACAGCAGUAAAAAAUGAACAAGAUAAUGUAAAAGUGAAGUUUGAGCCUCAUUCAAACGGUGAGUGUUUUAUGCAAGAGGAACCUCUCAGUUCCAACACAUCAGCUUUGGGCAUUCAAAACAACUGCACCACAAACAGUAGCUGGACUUUAAGAAACUCAAGCUCUUGUUCUAUGAGCCAGCGAAUGAACACAUGUUCAAACAGGAGAGCUGGAUCAUUCUACAACAGAGACCAAAGUUUCUUAAAUUUAGCACCAACUUGCCCUUCCCACUGGGGGAGCGCAGAAAGCUGCCAGUCUUACUCGGGCGUACAACAGCGUUAUGCAGAGAACUAUGCGACAGACCAUCUGAAACUGCAGAGACCGUUCAUAUCUUCAGAGUCUCUCUACGAUGCAGCCUUUCCCUUGGAGAUGCCCAUCAAAACAGAAUACGAUUCUGAUUCUGAAAACAUUGCCGAUAAUUACCUGACGUCACAAAACCGAGCCUGGCUGGAUGAGAGCGGCUCGGUAAGAAAGCAGGUGUUUAGCUACCCCAAUAGAGUGCACCUCAAAACAGAACCGGACCUCUGUGAGCCAACCUCACCCUGUCAGAAGCCAAGGCACUGCCUUUACACACCGCAUAACUGGCAAUGCAUCGUAGCAAAUCAUCCCAACAACCUAAACCUGAACAGAUUUUGCAAGGGUUCACGUAGCAAGGAGGUGGCCCUGUUUUGCCCUCAGAACUCCUCUGGGUGUUUGGAAAGCAUGCCGGACCUGCAGCACGCAGGGUGCUAUGGCCACUUCUACAGCCCCAGCCCAGGGGAGGAGAAAGAGCAGAAUAAUGAGGUGUUUAAAAUGCCGUGUGAAUUUAAAAACCCCUGCUUGGUUCAAGCAAUCAAGCGUGAGCCCCUGGAUUCUCCACCAUUGUCCAACAGCGGACAGAACAGAGUACACGCGAGCUUCCCUGAAAAUACAUUAGCAGGUCCUGUGCCUCAUAAAACCACUGAAUGUACAUUUUUACAAUAGAUUUUAUAACAUUUGGAAUAUUUAUAAUGUUAAAAGCAAGAAGUUGUAGAUUCUCGUCCAGUUGGGUUAAAUGAGUUACUAAAAUUAAAAGCCAGUGGAAAGAUUUUGAGCGUGUGUGUGUGUGCAUCUGCAUGUGAGAAAAAACAGAUGCAGACACACACUCGUCCUAUACCCCCUACUGCCCUUCUCCUAGUGAUCUUCAGAAAGAAAGAAAGAUAAAACCUAAGGCACAGAAAAUAAUCAUUACUCACUGCACAGGUAUACCUGCUAAUUUGUCUUCAUCAUCUUUCCUCUCUUGUCUACAGUUCAUUACCAAGGUCUAGCUAUUUCUGUUUCCUGCCUUCGUUCUGUUUGUUUUUCCCAAGCUGAUGUGAUGCCUCUGUGCAAAGAGAAAAUGUUUAUGGUCUUCAUUGUGGCCAGGUUACCUUAGGAAUUUUUGCAUUUUUAGUUUUUUGCUACUCUAAUAAGAAGCAUCAGCUAUUCCUUUAUCUCAACAUUAAAUUGAUGGGAACAGGCAAGGGCUUCCCAACACAACUUCUUAAUUUAAAAGAUAGCAUUAAUUAAAACAAAUUACUUUCAUAAAAUGCAUUAGAAAUUAUUUCACUUCAAACUGAAGUUCUUCCCAAGUAUCCUUGAUAAUACUAAGGUUUUAGUACCCAUAUUUUUCCAUUUUGAAGCCAUCAGCCUUUCAUGUUGCUGUUUGAAAGACUGAGCAAUGGGAUGUUAUCCACUUCUAUAAACGAGUUACAAAGUGCUGUUAAAUGUACAUGAGAAGAAAAUAUUUCUCCAAUUAUUUUCCUUGCUGUUACUUGUAAUGUUAACAAAGGAAAUGCACUUUUUUAUUUGAUAGUAUAUCUUUGACUGAUAGCAGCUUGUUAGACUUCGUCACCUGACAUCAAAACCAAAUCCCACACUAAGAUUAGAUAUGUUAUUUUCAAAAGCAUCCUAGUUUCAUUCCCAAAAGAAAAUCUUAAUCUCACCGAGAGCUAACUAGAAUAUGUAUACCUUUCAAAAGCAAUUCGGUGCACUUUGGUGCUUUUGAAGACAGAUCUGUACGCUUUCCUUUGAACCCAGGCAGUAAUGUAUAUCUGCAAAAAAAAAAAAAAAUCUACAACUUCUGUUUUGGUUUUUGUUGUUGUAGUUUGACUCCUGCACUAACUUUUGUUUUAAAAUUGCACUAUUUCAACUUUAUAUCAAUUUCACCUAUAUAAAACCCACAUCAUUUAAAAAAAGCUUAGAUGUAUAUGUGCUUUUUGAAAGAAGCCCUAUAAUGAAUGUUUUCUUUUUUAAAAUGUUAUAAAUAAUUAUGUCUUCAUUUCUCUCUCCUAUUAGUCACUAAGGACAUGGCUUUACAUGCUAGAAAAGUGGCAUAAACUUCUCCUGAAUGCUAUAAAUAUGUGGGAUAAGUGUAGUUUUCAGGUAGGGGAAUGAUUCUGCACCUGGGAGGCUGCUCUUCUCCAAGACCGUCUGUCUUCUCUGAUAGAAAUUACCGCCUGUACAUUAGAGUUGGCAGAUGUAAAGAUACACAUUCUCUGCAUGUCAGUUAAGUGCUUAUGAACAAUGGUUUUAUCUGAAAUGCUGCACUUUACACUGAAAUGGUUGAGAUAACACACGUACCUUUUGACGACUGUCCUGCAGAACGCAGAAUUCCCAGCAGAAGGCAAGAAUGGACAGUAAAGAGGUGCAAUAAUGUCUUACUGUAGGUCAAGUUAAAUCUGCCAUAGACCAGCUGACCAUACCCAAGCCAUGAGAACAUCUCCUUUUUUGUGUGUCUGGUGUAAAUCAGUGCCCUUUUGGCUACAUGCUGCCUCUUAUUUGAGACAGUUUUGAUAUCCUUGCCUUAAUACUCCUGCCAGUGGGUGCAAUGCAACAUCAGACCCUGUUCUGAAGUGAGACCACAAUGGUGGAAUUUAUACCACUCUCUGGUACACCACUGUUCACAUCACAUAAAUUCAGGCCCCAUUGCAAAAAUACUUCUGGGCAAGCAAACUGGGUACUCACGUAGAGUGAGACUGCCAUACACCAGCAGUGCUGCACAACCUCUGGCUUGUUGAUUCACUGUCUACAAAAAUAAAAGCAGCAGUUCUUUUAGACUGUCACAGAGUUGCUCUCACAGUCCUUUGCUUGGCAUGUAGCAGUGGCACUGCUUAUCUCCUGGUGCCAGACACUGUGCUGUGGCUGCAGAGCUGCUGGUAGGGUUGUGCUAUGAACCAUGUAAUACUCUCCAGUUCAGCUCCUUGUGCAGCUGCCUGGCAGAAAUGGGAUAGUGUGGAGACAGGGUAGUGUGGGAAUAGAUGGCUCGGGGCAAGUGGAGGACACACCAGCAUGAUUGCUGGAAAGCUGCUUGUUUGAUUCCACGCUUGGACUCACUGUCACACCCCUCUGAAUGAGAGCACCUGGGCCUGGUUUUGCACUACCUUGCACCUUCUCUUGUCAUUUACAUUGAUGCAACAUGCCUGUAAGUCACUAUUAUCCUCAUCUGGGCAUGCUGGUGCCAGAUUGCACAAUGUUAAGUGGUUACACCAGGUGCAACUCUGUAGAGGACUGUGCCACUGAAUGCCUUGUCUGUGCUUAGAAAUAUUUCUUGGCAUGACUACAUCGGGAGAGCUAUACCAGCCAGAUUUCUCUCUUCAGUGCUGAAACAACUUAUACUAGCAACAGAAGUUCUCUGCACAUCUCUCCACUACAGAAUAAAGGCUAUUUUGUCAACAUAACUCUAUCUACUCUAAGGCUUUCCUGAUUUAUUUCAGUUGGGAUGAUUUUUAUUAUGUUCCCAACAAACCCAGACACUUUUCACACAUCUUAAUUGAUAUUAUAGAGGUAGAUGAAGGUUCUGCAUGUAAGAGAAUCUAAUCUGACACAAGAGAUGUAACGGCCGCCUUCUAGGAGGAUGGAUGAACAUGUGACUAAAAGUGAGCUGUUGCCUUUGGCCUGCCCCCUGUGUAAAUGCAGUCAGGUUUGCUUCCUUAUCAUUCCAUAAAGUCCGAACCCAAGAAACACACACUUAUCCUGCAGAUCAUGUUUGAAAUUGGCCCACUUAAUUUGUGGCUGAGUUGUUCUUCCAGGUCUCACAUGAAAAAAUGUGGUAUCAGUGGAAUUCUUUCUAGUCUAAGUUAUCACACACACACACAGAGCAAUCUCCUAAGAACUGUGCUUAUAAAGAGAUCAGCAGUUCAUCCUCUUUUUUGACAAUUGCUAACCACUGUUGACAGUAAACAAAGACCAGUUCCUUCUAAGUACUUGGUAUAUUGCACCAUUUGGAAAGAACAGAGGAAUUAAACACUAAGAAAGAAUCUCUUGCUCUCUGCUUUUAAGGCACAGAUAUUCCUUCAUCCUCUCCCCAUGAUAUGUGCCCUGGAUUGAGUCUGGACUGAAAUCUGACAUUGCAUUGUACCCUGUUAAAUUGCCACUGAUUUAAUCUUAUAAAACUUUUUGUAUGCAGACAUUAAUGAUCCCCUGACACUGCUCAGUAAAUAGCAUGAAAGACAGUGCAGUUCUUUUAAAUGGUUACAUUUUCUUAGUGGUUGUUGUUGCUUUGGUAUUAUUUUAAAAACUAGCACUGAGAAGUAGGGUUUAAGAUGUUUUCAAUCACUGGUGUUUAGCUUUUAUCUUUAAUGAGCUGGUAUUUGUAUCCUCAAGUGCAGCCCUAAAGUCUGUUUUAGGAGCCUCCCAAUGCAUUUAUUGCAACAACAAUAAAAAAAUUAUUCUUGUAGAAGAAAUGGCCAGUCAAACACUCACCUGAUAGGAAUUUGGAGUAUUCAGGCUGAAAGAAAUGCCUUUCUUUUUCCAGUGCAUGCCUCUAACAUCUGACUGAUGAUAGCAUUCAAACUUCUUCAGCCAUAAAUUAUCCAGAGGCUGAGACACAAUGAACUCAUGAAUUCUGGUGUUCAGGGAGGAUAUUUUUUGGUAUGGAAGGUGAGCAGCUCUAAAAGCUCUGAGAAUGUGUCUCCCUCUGAGAUGUUACUCAUUCUACAGAUAGCAGAGACUAUUAUCCAUGCUAAAGCUGCUGAUUAAGGUCUUGUCUUUACUGAGAAUGUGGCCUGAUUUUAGCUGUCAGCGGACAGCUGCUGAGCACCGUACAAAUGCUAGUCCAACUGAAGUACACCAUUGUAAGCCACUAUUUUUGCUGAAAACCAACAUUAUUUGAGCUAGGGGUAAACUUGUACAGCAAAAAGAGUGGAUUUUCCUACUGCUUCUAAGGUUUGCUGGGAUGCAGUUACACCAGUGGCUGAAACUGGGGCACACCUCCACUGUAGAUAACACUAUCAAUAAUUUCUAUUCACUUCAGACUCUUUGGAUACCGAAGUAGAGCUUUGUUUUGAAAAUCUGAGUGAGGGCAGCAGUGUGCUAGGGCUAAGCUUGGUUCAGUUGGUCCUCAGUUUGGAGAUUUAACUAGUAAAAUGAAAGAUCAAGGGACUGUACCUAAAUUCUCCGUAGGAAAGACUGACUUCCUACUCCUUGAUUGUAAUAUGGUAAUGUGAAGUAUACCUCUAUGGUUUAAUUGCCCUUCACUAGAACACAGUGAUGGAUUCUUAAAAUCCUUAGAACUGAGCAUCCUCUGGAUGGUAUAGGGAAGUCUGACAUUUGUGCAUCAGCCAGUUCAGUAAGACUUUAGGUGCUGAUCCUUUGAUGUGGUAUUGAGAUCCACAGGGCAUGUGCAAUUCUUCUGGAAGUUCCUAGUGCUUAUAAUACUUAAGUGGGAAGCAACAAGCCUGAGGCAAGGAAUAUUCUGUGGGAUAAGAUCAGUUUCUGCUGCCUAGAAGCCUUUCUUAAAUCUUUGUGUUGAAGCCAUAUUGGAAUGUAAGUAGGACAGCCUCACCCACUGUAGUUAUUUCAGAAAAGCCGUAAUCUGUCUUAACAAUGUGUGAUGUUUUAACCGAAAUAGUUAAAAGAUGUCAUUUUCCCUACCUAUGAAUACAUACAUUGCCUUAGGAAGUGGCAAAAAAGUUAACAUACUCAUUUUCUUUCAUCAGAGUGUCACGUAACUAAAAAAACUAACCUCAGAAUGGAGGUACAGAGCUGUUCUUCUGUUUUUCUUGUCUUUUCUUUCUGCUCCCUUCCUCUCUUUCUCUCUACUGUCUUAGUGUAAACAUUCAAAAUGGAAAGACUUUUCUGAUUAUACUGAGACAAAAACCCUAAACCUAAACCAGAUUGUAGAAAAUUUCUCGCUAGAAAAGGAGCUUCUUUCCCUAGAGUUUCUUCCUCUCUUUUAAAUCCUGCAAAGUCCUAUGUGAAAUCAUGUGUCACAACAGAAGCAGACUUCUGUAACAUGCGUAGUGAGCAAAGAGAUUCUGCAGGUGGCCAUGCUCAGGCUGUAGUCACACGGUUUUUAUCUAGCUGAAGGAGACUCAUACAAGAGGGCUGCUGGUAGCUUAUGUUCAUGGACACUACCACCCUGACAAAUAUAUCUUUGCUGUGUUUGAAUACACAUGGCAUAUGUUCUUGUCAUUAUAAAUACAUUUCCGUAUCAUGCUAUCAGAAAUGCUUCUGAACAAAAUCAUCAGUGACAAGCUGAAAAAUAUACUAAAACCAUAAAGUACUUUUUUUAAAAAAAUCAUAUGGCGAUCCAAGCACUUGCCUGUGCUUAGGCAAAGACUUUGGGUGGAGGUUUGAAGGGAAGAUAAAAAAAAGAUUGUUAAGACAAAAGUUUGGGGAGAAAAAAGAUCACCCUGCUUGAUAUACUGCUGUCAAGGUGUAAUUAUUCUAUGACUACAGCUUUAAUUCUCUACUCACUGCUAAUAACUCUGUGCUCUGAAAUCAUGUCCUUAUUUUUCCUGUAGAACUGAAUUUGUAACUUUUCAGGCUGAAAAUAAUUUCUUGAAAACAAGGAUUGAGGUAAUUCAAUGCUAAGUUGCAUUUCUCAGUUAGACUGAAAACAUCAUUCUAGGAGGCAUGAAGUGCUCCUGUUCCUUUCCUGGGGUUAGUCUUUGAAACUCUGGCAAAUUCAGUGUCUGCAUUAACUCUCUUGCUGCUGGUAGUUAUAGCUCAGUCAUGCAGCUGGUGCUCUGACUCUGCAAUCUGAAGUUUCUCAGGAUUUCCUUGAUGCAAUAGGGCUCCAGGGACAGCUGUAGAACAGCCAAAACUUCCAGUUUCACAUUUGUAUUGGUAGAAUUGCAGUAUUCCAAUGACUAAUACAAAAAUUUGGCAGAAGGUAAUGGAAAGAACAUCAGCUGCUUAGCUAGUCUCAGUAACUGUAUUUAACUAAUUAAAAGGCUAUGUUAAAAAAAUCAGGUGAAGUUCUGGUCUAGAGCUCCCCAUUUUGCACAGGAGGGUGUCAUAGGAAUUACACUGCUGUUCUGCCUCUUCUUAGGUCACACCUUGGCCUCUCCCCUCCUUAUCACACUACUCUCUCCCUUCUGAACCUCUUUUUUUUUUUUUUUUUUUUAAACUUUUGGAUGGUAUGUAUCCUCCCUUUGUUCAUUUAAAAUGUGAGAUAGGGAGAGGCAAGCAUCAACUGUUGUGUGUUUGUUUUAAACACUGUCUUUCAAGAAAGAACUUCAAAAAGGCAAAAGUUAUCUCAAUUCUCAGAAACAGUAUUCAGUUUUCCUUCUACUCUUAUCAUAGCCAAAAAGAUUCUUCCUCUACAUGGUAAAUAAACUUCCCUCUUCUGAAAGGGUCCUUCCUCACCUACACAGGUUCUUAACAAAACCAAAGAACACUUUCUUCCUUAAAGGCAGUUGUGUCCAUCAAAAAAACUUUUCCUUUUUCUUCCUCUAGCUUUUCUACCUUUUUGAUUUUAUAGGAUGGUACAUUGUGGCUUCCACCCUUUCUGUUCUCCGUGUCUGUAGCUUUAUUUCCACUUUAGGCAUACUUCAAAAGUUUUGCCAAAAGAACAGUGUUAGGCAGAAGUGCAAUCCCCCCAUUUACCCCUGCCCUCCUCAAUAAGACAGAGGUACUCACUAAUUACAGCUGUACUCCUAAACCAGAAAAAAGGUCACUUUGCUGGUGAAACAUCCUCUCUUCGGGAGGCUGUACUGCCAAGAAACUCUGAGCUACCACCAACCGUUUAGUUCUGCAAGUACAUGUACCACCAAAUCCUCUUUCAAAAAAUCAAGGAAGCUAUUUUCUCCUUUUUUGCUUCUCUCAUUUUUUUUUCCAAGUGUUUAUUCUUUCACUGUGUAACUGCACUUUUAAUUUGUAAUUUUUUUUUUAAAGAAGGGUAUGGAAGCAUUAUACAACAUGUGCAACACAGUGUUUUCAAUUAUAUUUUAGAUUUUGAGAUUAGAACCACAAAUAAUUAUCAAGUGUUUUAAUGUGACUCCACGUAAAGGCCUCUGACUGUUACAGAAAUGCCCAUGAAAAAUACCAGCACAAAUAAUAUAAUGAAUCUUGAAAAGGGGUGAAACCUGCCAUCAAACUCCGCUAAUUAUCCUGUAUUAAAAGUGCCAUUCCUGCUCCUCCUGAAGAGACACAGCGGGGGAUGAGAUUAAAAAAAUAGGUGCAUGGCGAUCUACCAGCAGUUUUGGCCCAUUGCAUGGUCCCCAAAAUUAAGGGCACAUUUCUGGAGAGAACACCCCUGCCACCUGAGCAUUAUUUGAAAACGUACCGGUUUGCGUGUGUAACACCUGCAUUUAGGCGAGCGAUUCGGGCACGUGUGCUGGCUACGUUGACAGCCGAAGAAUUUAGGCAGGCCAGCGGCGGGCAGGCACAGCUCCAGCCCCGACGGCCGUCCUGGGCAAGUCGAGGCAGCAACUCCUGCGAAAGCAAAACCAGUUAACAAAAAUACCUUUGGUGACAUGUAACCUAACCCGUAUCGACUAUGCUGCUUUGUAUACAAGUAUAAUAGACGUCAAGAUAUAUCACUAGCGGGCUCAUCAAAAACAGGCACUAAAACGUGGAUCUGGCAUUUUGGACCGUUUCCUCAGCCUGCUUUUAGAAGGAACUUCCAAGUGUAUUUCUUAAAUUAUAUUUUACAUUUAUUACCGGUCAGAAGUGUAAAGU